AUGAACAUUUCUACGUACGAUGUUCUCAAAAAGAAACAGUUUUACAGAACUUAACUGUCAGAAAUAUUCACACGUGAGCGUAAAUCUCUGCGGAUAAACGUCUCCUUUAACAGCGAGUCUGUCGCGCUAAGCCACGCCCAGCCUCCUCCAGCCUUUUUAAAAAACGCCCGACAUUGGCUGACGGGCCGGCCCUCGCACAAGCCUCUUUUUAUUCACCAUUUGCACUCUUCUAUGAUCUGAGAAAUGGCCGAUAAGGAUUGCAUUAAGUCUUGUGGAUUAUGGGAAUAUACUUAUAAAAUUAAGCUUUCAUGAUUAAUUUAAAAUGAAAAAUCUAUACUAAUUGUUUUUUCAGAACGACGUCAAAGGGGCUCAGAAUCUAACAACGUAACAACCAUUUUUGCCAGCGCCGAUCGAAAGUCCGUUUUUAAUAAAAAUCAAUUAAAUUUAAUAGAAGAAGAGCCCAAAAGCUUCAAAUAUUCAAAUAUUUGAAAUAUUACAGCUCACGAACUUCUUGUACCGGUACUUUUUGACGGACAUCGAUUCUACAGAAAAAAACCGGUGGACAAACUCAAAAAAAUGGCCGGGCUUUCACGGGUUAAUUAUGUCCAGUUGUUCUUCAUUUUUUCUGAGGAUCAUUCUAGUAUAAAAAGGAAUUUUGAAAAAAAUUAAAGUCCAAACUAAAAAUAAUCUCUAACAACUCUUCUCAAUCUCCCAAAGUUUCUCUGAGCCGAAGACAAGACAUUAUUGUUCCUGAGGGAAAUCCAUAGAAUUUGAAAAACCCAUUUUUUCUAGGCCACUGAUUUUUUUGCUUUCGAUCUCGAAUUUGGGCGCCUUUUACUCUAUUUUUUUUUCAGUUACCUUUCCGACCUGGACGCUCGAAAAUUGAUCCACGACGUCGGCGACUAUAUCAUCAGAUUGGAUAACGGUCCGUUGGGAAAUGCGAGACGAAAAUUAGAUUUUCAGACGGGAAGAAAAAUCUGAUCCUUGUGAGCGUUGGAGAGGCGAUGGUUGAAAAUUGCUUUUGGGAGAAUGAAGCGAGGUGUGAAAGCGAAAAAGGUGAAGGAAAUGAAUUUACCAAUUUUCAUGAUUUCCAUUCGAAAAGAAACCUUCCAAUAUUAUCAUACUCGUAAUGGUUAACUCGGCACUACUUGAAACAUUCUCACACUCCUGUGUAUUUUCCCUCGACAUGAAAAUAGGACGAAAAAAGAGAGCUUGUGAGAAAAAGUUGAAUCCGAAAAGGUGUCGAAGGAAUUGUAAUUUUUCUCAAAGUUUUUCCAAAGUUGUUUCGAAAAAGUUAGUUAAUAUGGAUGUUCUGAAAAUUACGAGAAGAUUGUAUAUACGGACCAGGAAGGUUGUCAGAAAGACCUUCUCAUUUUUUGAAAUUUCAGUCGCGAACGAGGAGGAAGUAAUUCCAGUUGUGAUGAAAACCUACGUAAUCGUUAAAAAUGAAGUAGACUAUUCCAUCGACGGUUUGAAUUGUUUCGACAGCGUCGACAAUCUCCUCUCGUAUUAUGUUUUCCAUGAGGAAAAGGUUAGACUUCUUUAUGAUAAGCUCAAAGCAGAAGCUGAAAAGAGAAAUCGACAGCUCAAAUGUCCAGAAAAAGUUAUUUUUUCUUCAGUCAACCCUAGACGUGCAAUUACUUGCCGCUGUACCACGGAAAGUAUUUGAAUUCGAGACGGAAAACAUUCAAGAGAUAAAAAAAGUGAGUGAUAUGUAUAGUCCGAUCCCGCAACUUGAAGAGGCUUGUCUCUCGCCGAACCUCUCAUCUUGACGUGAUAUUUUCGUGCUUCUCUGACCUCGCCGGUGAGGGAACAGAGAGACGCAGACACUUGAAAACUGUCGAUUCGCGGUGGACGAACUCUUCUAGGCUUCUCUCACUAGGGAACUACUCGGACUCGGGUACUCGUUUUGAGUUGAAAAUUUAGUGGCUUAUAGACCCGGGUAAGAGUACUUGGAAACAAGAGAGAUCAUCUGCUAAACCCCAUAAGCUUCUGAGAAGAAGCAAAUGAAAAAAUGAACAGUUUAGGCUUGAAAAUUAUCAAAUUUCUGCUUUCCUCAUUCUUUUGACUCGAAACAAGUUUUUUAGAGUUUAUUAUAGCCAUAUUAUUCAAGGCGAUUGUAUUGCAAUAUAAAAUAAGGUAAAAAGCAGUAUUCUGGAAAUUUUCAGGCCUAAUUUUCACAUUUUUUACUAAUUUUUUCUCAGUUCUCUUAUUGGGUUCAGCAGAUAUUCUCUCUUGUUUUUAAGUAUUCUCGCUUGGGUCUAUAAACCACUAGAUUUUGAACUCGAUCCGCGAUUACGAGUUCGAGUAGUUCCCUAGCCAGUUCAAAAACAGCAAAAAAAAAUGAAGCGAAAAAAAAUACAUGUUAUUAUUUUUCUGCGAUUCUCUCAUUUUAACACUGUAUUUUCAUGGUCGAUGACAUCGUAGGUGAGCAACAAGAGACGCAAUGAGGGCAGAAUAUCCCAAGUGAAGUUGAAUGGACGAUAUAAAUUUGCUAUUAUUUUUUCUAUUUGACAAGCCAUUAUUUCUCUUCGAAAUCAUACGGCCACAAAUAGAAUGACUCGGCACGCAGAUCUUGCACAACACCGAAAUUUUUUUUUCUUUGCGCCCGAUUAAAACCGAUUUACGCGUGAUUCCACUGUAGACCAUUGGAAAGAUAGAAAAUUGACUUUCAAAAUCUCAUUUUAGUACCAUAGCAUUUAGAAAAGGAAAAACUUGUAAAUUUUCAGCUAGGCAGCGGCCAAUUCGGCGACGUGGCUUUAUGCAAAAUACAACGACCAGGAAUUUUCGACGACGUUGCGGCCACCAAAACAGUGGGUUUCAACUCGAAACACCAAACACCACUUCAAAAAUUAUUUUCACUAUCAUUUGGUUCGAAAGAACUGUAAUCCUCAUAAUGGUAUCAAGUCUUGAAAACCAAAGGGUCCCGGUAUCUGCACUUAUAAUAAUUUAUUGACAGAUCAGCGUGAACCCUAACGAGUUCACUUGGAUCUAGAAUUUGAGAAAAUACAUUAUACAGUUAUACAUACACUGAUUGGGGUGCUGAAAAUUCGGGUUUCAUUUAUUUCCAUUCAUCUCACUCCAUGUGCCCAUCACCUGUCUCCUAAUUUUUCACAGAUGAUAUUUUUGUGAAUGAAAUGAAUCAUUAUUAUUAAAAAAGGACAAAAAAGGGCAAAAAAAUCAAUAUUUGUUCCGAUCUCAGCUCAAGCUCGGAGCGCCAAACGCGACAGAGUUAAGCGAUAAACUAGUGGAAGAAGGACGAAUGAUGAUCAACUUGGAGCAUCCGAAUGUCGUCCAGAUGCUUGGCUGGUGUCUUUAUGAGCUUCCGAUCAAGCUCGUCAUACAGUUCAUGCCGGGUUAGUUCCGAAAAAUUCCCCGAAUGAGAUUUUGAAAUUAAAUAAGGAAUCUUUUGGAAAAAAGCUUCCAUUUUUGAAAAAAAAAACAGUUGAUCAUGAAGUUUCGCCUAAAUGAUUGGCGCCAUUAUGAGCUUUUUCGAAUCAAUUAUCACUUGGGACAUUAUUCCUUUCAAAACUAAUAUUUUAUGAUAAACAGCAAAACCAAAAGGUUUUACCAAAAAACUAAGAUUUUAUGAUAAACAGCAAAACCAAAGGUAAAACCAAAAAAAAAAACUAGAAAAAAGAGAUGAUAAGAAAGCGGAACGUUUCCAAAAUUUGGAUAAGUUUCAGUGACCACUUUAGGGCUUUGACAUCCUAUUGACCCCUUUAGUAGUCGGAAUAAUGGCCACUUAUCUGCCGACAAUUCCUCUAAAAGUCUGAGUGGUACUAGCAGAGCACUAAAAUUCAGGAUAGUCUUCAUUAAAAGACAAAAUAGUGGCUUCCAUAGAAGUGGUGUUAGUGACCACUUUAGCAUCCUCUCCAAGUAGUCUUUGAGGAACCUCUCAAGUGGCCACCAGAAAUGUUAGCAACAUUGCUAAAAAAAAAAACAAUUUUGCUCAAUAUUUUUUCGUUUUCGAAAAAGUUUCGUUUUUCUUCAAAAAGGACAGUUUGAAGCCUUAUAAUUAUGCUACUAAUCCUUUUCUACUUGUAAAAAAUAAUUAACAUUACAAGUCUUUAAUGAACAAUCCUUUUUUGCAGGUGGUUCUUUGGAUAUCUACCUUUUAAACCAUUUCAACGUCACCAGCACCAAACGAUUGAUGAGUUUUGCGGUGCAAAUUGGUGAAGGCCUGGAGUAUCUGCAUGCAAAUCGUGUCAUACACCGAGACCUUGCAGCGAGGAAUGUUCUCCUAGCGUCCGAUGGAACGGUCAGAUCUUGAAAUUUCAAAUCUCAAUAGCUGUUUUCUGAACUUUUCCAAAAAAAUAAUUGAGCGUUUUUUGGGGAAAAGUAACUGAAAAGCUCCAAAAAUGAAACAGAAAAAAGGAGUCCAUUCACCGCGACUUGAAACAGUCUGAUCUCUCUGCGCCCUCUUUUCUCUCAGAGACGUUCAUUUUCUCGUGCUGUUUUCGAAAUUCGCAAUUCAAACCCAAACAAAAAAAAAAUGAAUAGUCCAAAUUUGAAACUUUCUCUUCACCCUCUUUUCCCUUGUCGACUUUCUCGUUUUUACGUGCUCUCUCCUUGUUUUAUGACCUCAGCGGUGAGGAAAAAAGAGCGCAGAGAGGUCAGACUGUUCUAGCGAGAAAGAAUAUUUGUUGAUUUUUGCAAGCUGAAAAGCUUUGAAAACCUUCUGAGCCUCACUUUUUGACCGGAAACUUCUUUUUCAGCCGAAGAUCAGCGACUUCGGACUUAGCAUAAAGGCAUCAUUCUUUCGCAUGAAGUUCGCGGAAAAGCUUCCACUCCGCUACCUGCCUCCCGAAGUCCUCACGCACUUCGUUUUUUCGUUUAAAUCCGAUGUUUACACCUACGGGGUGAGCUUUUCCUUCAAUCAGUCCUGUACAUAAAGACCAUUUUUCAGGUGCUCCUCUUCGAACUUUUUACGGGGGGGAGCAUCCCGUACGCGGGGCUCCUCUCAACAACCGUGAGACAAUGUGUAUGUUUGCUUUUUUUUCGCAUUACAGAAAUAAGAAUAAAGUACCAAAAAUGGAAAAAGUCCUUAGAGCCUUGGAAACUCUAAAAAAAUUUUUUUAAUCAGAAGAAGUUAAGCAAGAAUUUUUCAUUGAUAUAGAAAGGUCCAAUCAGCCUUCUGAUGAGGCUGAUUUUUCCGGCUAAACAAAAAUCGAAAACGAAAAAUAUAUUUUUAAGAAAAAGUUUUUACAUUAAUCAUCACAAAACAACUAACGGAAAAAUAUUCUUAAGAGCACAAAAGUUUUCAAGUUUUCUUGAAAAAGAAGCCAACGAACGGAAAAAAAAUUGUAAAAAGUCGAAAAUUCAGAAGUUCUCUAAACUUUACAUGUCCAAGCCAACUUCAGAUUCUUUCUGGCACUUAUAACCAAUUUUCGGAAGGAACGCCACCAAAGUUGGUCAAUUACGUCGAGGAGAAGGUCUGGGCAUACGAACCCAUUGAAAGGCCGAUGAUGGAUGAGGUUUUCCAUUAGUUUUUGUAGAAUAAUUCAUAUUUGAAAACUUCCAGAUCAUCGACUACCUCGAAGGCUUGAUGUGUGAGCUCGAGAAGGUCAGCUUCAUUUUCUUUCUGUUUCUUUAUCGAAAUUUCUCAGGAGGGAGCUAUGGGCGUAGUCACAGACGCAGUAACGGACGAAGAAUUCGUCAGUUUUGAAAUGGUCGCAUGGGGAAUGGCUCGAGACGCGUCCGACUUUUAGCGACUUGCGCCAAUGCAUGAGAACCAGCUUUUUAGUUUCCAUCCAAUCAUUUCACGUGUUCUCCAAAGCAAUUGAAGAGAAUAGAAAAAAAAACAACUUGAGACAAUUUUAUAACGAUUAUUGAGCAAAUCCCGUUGAACGGAUUCUGUUUGAAAAGUAAUUUUUGAAGAAAAGCCGUUUCGGUUCAAAACAGUAACAAGACUCCAAGACUCAACUUUUGCAGAAGGAUUAUAAGCCGGAUAUCGAAAAAGAGUCUGAACAGCGCCGCCUUCUGAAGCUUCGACAGGAAGUUAGUUUUUUUUUUCGCUGUAGUUUGAUAUUUAAACCCAACGUUCACUUCUCAAUUUGCCAAAAACAUUUCCAGGACCGCCUCGAAGAACUCUGUCCAACGCAGGACGAAACGAUCUCUAGAGCGACACAGGCCAGCGAUUGA